AUGGGAGGUCUGUUGAGUCUGUUCUCUUCAGUGCCAAACCCCGAGCAGAAUCAACGAAACGAGCCCUGCGAAGAGAGCAGGCCACGCGAAGAGAGCCGCAGAGAAGAAGCAAGCGAAAGAGCGCGUGAGGCUCGAAGGAAAUAUCUUGAGCAAGUGCGGGCGGGCGCGCAGGCACCUUUGCUGCGGACGAGCUCGCAGAGCGUGCAGAGCCCUUCAAUUCCUGCUUCUGGUGGUUCCUUUCACUAUGCUGUAGUGGACUAUGCCGAUGCCAUGGUCCAUGGCGCGCGGCUGUCCCAGAUGGAAUGCCGACGCAACUUCUAG